GAAGCUAUGCCGUAUUUUACCUCCGACUUCAAGUUCAUUCCCAUAAUCGCAGCAUCCAUAAAUCAACUCUGCUCACGUGUCUAUGUAUGGUCCUUGUUGUGGAGCAAACGACACUUUGUCGUGCUAUCGUAUUUGCGCCCGUUAUCUAAUUAUCCUCGGGCUCGGGAUGUCGAUUCGCGAUGCCACAUCCUGACCAUUCGACAAGCCCGGCGCAAACUAGAACCCGACAGGGUUGUUUGACCUGCAGGAAACGACGAAGGAAAUGUGACGAACAAAAACCUCGGUGUCAGAACUGCACGGGACGAAGCAUCGUUUGUCGUUAUGGAGUGAAACUCACGUUCCUUGCUACCAAUCGGUUCAAUCUUGUGCCAGAGGAUGCACAGGCAUUGCGGGAGACUACUCCCAGCAAAUAUGGGCAUAUCAGGUUCAUUGAUGGCUUGGAUGAUACUGAAGGGGCCAUAAGCGAUGAUCAUGAACGGCAUAACGCUGUGCCAUCAUUUGAGAUAUCUCCACAUUCGCUGCCAGGGACUCCAGAUACUGAACACAGUCGAACGGCCCAAAGAGUCCCUGAGAGCACUGUGAGCGUCCUAAGACAACCACAAAGUCGGUUCCCGGAGCAUUAUUACCAUGGUGAAGACAGCGGAAUUGGUGAGUCCCAAGGUAUGGGAGAAGGCAGCAAUGACGACGAACGACACCACCAAGCCCCAGUGGUGUAUCCACCAGUUAUAGAUCAAAGUCACUCCUAUGAAAUGCCAACGGGAGAUGCAGAGGAUAAUGUCCAACUCGCAGAUGAGGCCGAUUAUGAUCGACUCGUUUCGGAGCCACUGCCAUCACGACGCCCGCUGCCUGUUGCUUCUCUAAGUCCUCGCCAUAGCACAAAUGCGGGUUACGGUAAGAGCUGGCUACCACCACUACGGACGGUGUCAGAAACCUUCGAAUCGGCCACGCUGAGAGAGGAACCUUCCCAGCUGCAGGUCCUUUCUAACGACAAGCGCAACCAAUUACUUAAAUUCUAUGUAGACGAAGUAGCGCAAUGGCUAGAUAUAUGCACCCCUAAAAGUUCCUUUGGGAUUCACAUUCCAAUUCUGGCAAGAGACUACACACCUCUCCUUAAUUCAGUUUUAGCACUGGCGGCCCAGCAGCAGUCGCUCUUUUUGCCACCGGACAGUGAUGAGGCUUCCCAGAGCGCUGAAUUAGCAACACUGGCUACCGCAUCGAUCGGAUUGGACAUAUAUAGUAGUCGAGAUGAGGCUGUGGCUACAUGUACACUUCUGAUGAUAAGCGAGCUCCUGUCAACCCAGAUUCAAAACUGGAAACGCGUGCUGAAAGGUCGAAUCGACUUUCUUGGGCCACUAGGUAUUGAUGGAUUCUCUGAUGGUCACCACAGCUCCACUUCAUGGGUGACAUUAAGACUCGAUCUUGCACUUGCCAUAUUCUCCGGAUCACCACUCAUGACACCCAUCGAGAAGUGGCACCCGGUAUCAAUGCCAUUUUCGGAUGACAUGAAUAUAAUGUCCCUGGAACAAAGCAGAGCCCCUGAGUGGACUCGACGAUCGAUUCUGCUGUGCAGCCAGGCUGCACAGCUUUGCUUCUCGACUGAGAUCUCUAAUAUCACAACUUCUCACUCAGCCACGGAUACUUGGACAUAUCUCUGGAGCUCCACGCGAGGAUGGCUUGAGAGUCUUCCAUCCUCGAUGUAUCCCAUUUUCACGUCUCCCAUAUCAGCCAUCCCCUCAACACCUCCCUACUUCUUCCCGCUUAUUCUCUACACCAGUCGCUCUAACAUGUACGCCGCCAUCAUGCAUCACACAGCUUCUGUAUUGCUAUUGCAAAGCAAGCCACCUACCGUCCGCCCGUCUUCGCAUCUGAAAACUCCGACCUGGCACGCUGUGCAGAUUUGUGGGAUAUGCAUUGGGAAUAAUGCGCAGUGGUCUUAUGAUCCCACGAUUCUAGCAGCGCUGAUAUAUGCGGGGCGAUUGAUCAGCUACCAGGAGCAGAAGAAAGAGCUGCUGGACGUCUUGCGGGUCUUGGUUAAAGGAAGUGGAUGGCAAGUGGGCGGUGCUAUCGACGAGAUGAUUGAAUGGUGGCGAGUGGAUGGAGGAUUUCACGUCACUCCUCUUGAAUCACCCUUCCCUACGACCUGAAAGCUCCUCGAUCAAAGUGUGUUAUUGCCGACUGGAAUCCUAUUUUAAUGGGUCAGGAGACACUGAUAAUAUGACCUCCCAACAUUGCUGGGUGGCACCGAUCGAAGUAUUAAACUAAGAUAAGCUUGUAACCCACCUGCUUAUUGCUCUCAAUCGUGCCAAUGGGCAUAUCGUGGAAUCUGAGCCUGUUGCCACCUCAAGAGUGAUCUUGGGGGUGAGCAGGGUGAGCAACCGAGCUUCGGCCAGGGGUUCAGAUCAGUGGUUAUUGCCAAGCCGACAGGGUCUCAGCGGCGGCACACCUCGUCUCGCGGCUCCUUCUAUCCCAUAAACUCCCUGGAUUACUCUGAAGCCUCACCGAAUGCUUUCCAUUAGUAGGGAAUACCUUCAAAUACAUUCUUCAAAUAAAUCUAGAGAAUGUACCAGCGCACGCUCCUCAGCAUCAAAGUACUACGGCCAUUUGCCAGCGCAUCACAUGGUAUCACUAGACCGCCUAUCUCCUUUCUCACAAAACCCCACACUUUACACAUCGUCGUCCGACAAUUGUCACAAACUCCAAUCACAAGCCGACUUUCCAGCAAUAAAGCAAAGUGGAUAACGACAACGACAGGAAAUGUCAUACCGAGCACCGGCAAUCCAAGGCUCGUUGCGAAGCUCCAAGGGGGAUUCCGUAUCAUAAGAGAGGACAUGACGUGUGCCGAAUUUCACGAUUCAGUUUGGGGAUUUGUCGUACGAAUUUACUUCCCCAAUUCGGAGGUGAGAAAAAAUUAAUUGGCGGCUUAUAGAUAUACCGCUGCGUAAAGGGCAACGAUGCUGCGUGGACCAGCAUUCUAGAGAAACUCCAAAGCCACGUCCGGGAAACUCUCGAGGAUGAGAAAUGUCAGGACCUCUUGCAAUUCCAUGAUCUACACGUUAUUGACGAUAAGUCUCUUUACGGCUCAUCGGUUGAAGAAGUUAGAGCCCAUUUCCAAGCCUGGGUGCCUCAAAACCUAGACGCUAGACUUCGUCCAGACACCGCGUGUACGAUCCCCGACGUGAGCUACCUAAGCGUAGAUACCACACCAAGAUACAACUACUGUCUCCUCGUAGACGAGAUAUGUCUAGAGUCACUGGACCACCCAGAAGGUCUAGGGCCAGUAGUCAAGCUGGUCUGCCGGGACUGGGAAAGCCCUCCUCGGAGUCCUGAGGAAAAGCUUCAGGGGGUGCAAGCGCCGUUCCAUGACGGGAUCACAGGGUAUGAUGAGGAGGAUGUGGGAUGGAUGUACAUGCCUCUUCUGUUUUAUACGGAUAGAUACGAGAACUUCCAUGAUUGGGGAUGGAGUGACAUGUAUGUGAGGCCACCGUUUAUAGAUGGAGGCGAGGAUGAGACGAAUAUGGUGGGCCAUUGGAGGCGAAAGAAGGUUGUAGGCCAGGAGAAGGCGGUCUCUGAAACGUGAUGCUAAGGUUGAAUUACACAAUUAAAAAAAAUGGGACUCUUGUGGUAGAAAUGUAUGAAAUAGGGUAACCCUUACAGAGUGUACACAUCCCUCGCAACAGGGGAGAUAUGAUAUAAUUAUAG